AUGGCGACAAAUUCUAAAACAGAUGAAAAUUUAUCAUUAACAACAAUAAUUGAUAAACAUCUACGUUCAAUAGUUUAUAAUCCAUCAUUAAAUUCAUUAAUUUAUCUUAAUGAUAAACAAGAAAUCAAUGUUCGUAGUGCUGAUAAAUUAUCAAUAUUAUAUCAUCGUACAUUACCAUUAAAUAAUAUAAAUGAAUAUUAUGAAAUAAUACCAUGUCAUGAUAAAUUUAUUUUGUUAAUAUCAACACAUAUUUAUGUGAGACAAUUAUAUCAAGGUAUUUAUUUUCUUGAUUCAAUAAUUGAAUCAAUAAAUGAUGAAAAUUGUCAUGUUUUUAUUGAACUAACAUAUGGUAAUGCACAAUUAUUAUUACAAUUAUUAUCAACAUUAGAUUUAGCAACAUCAAAUUAUAUUGAAGAAUUUCAUGAGCAUAUAUCAUCAUCAUUAUGA